AUGCGCUACGAGGGCGGCUCCCUCCGCGUCACUAAUCACCUCGCAGAAUACUCGUUGCAUCGCCCGUGCAAACCGUCCGCCCUGAAUCAACACCACAUUGACACUCCGCCCGCCCGCCUCGAUCGCCCAUAUAAGCCGGACUCGUAUAUACUCGACCAGCACGUCUCGCCUGGCGACCUCGACGCAGCCGUCGGCCCCGUUCUUGAAUACGAGGCCGAGCUACGCCGGCCGUUCGCCCAGGAUCGCUCAAAUCGACUUCUCUCUGAUCCCUACGCUGCUCUAGUCGAUGUUUUUGCCUGCGAUUCGGCUGUACUGCGCACCCAAUCGCGCCCCACGACCGACGACAAGGUACACAUCUUCCUGCUGAAGCCCUCCAAACGACGUACAUCUAGGACGCCGGCUCUUGCGACAAGCCUUGCAGAGUUUCAACGCAACUGGUCUAUCUUCACGGAAGGCACACUAUCUCAGCUCGACUGGUCGAACAUCGUAGUCGCCGGCGGUGCUGUACAGGCAUGUCUGGCCCCUCUUCCGGAAGGCGCGGAUGACAGUAAGGGGCUUAGGAAGCGGUUUGAUGAGAUCGAGGCACAUGCAGGCAGCAAUGUUGAUCUCUUUACGGACUGGAUCAGGCAUAGGUGA